AUGGCGUAUUAUCAACAGCAGGUGAAUAACCCCCAGAAUAUGCAAUUUUACCAAUCCAAUUACUCCAACACCUAUGGACAACAAACAGGAGGUGAUAAUAUGAUGGGAGGUUCAGCACCAUCGAUGGGAGCUAUGGAUUCUGGAUUUGGAGCAAACAUCGACGUCAGUGGAGUUAUGGGAGCAGGUGAAUUAACACCAGGUUUAGUGGCAGCAUUCGGAACUUCGGGGUAUCAUAAUGAACCUCCAUUAUUGGAGGAAGUCGGAAUAAACUUCCAACAUAUCAAAAUGAAGACAUUGGCUGUCUUGAACCCAAUGAAUAGAAACAUUACAUCAGACAUAAUGGCAGACUCUGAUUUGGCAGGCCCUAUUAUUUUUGUAUUGUUAUUCGGUACCUUGUUGCUAUUAGCAGGAAAGGUACAGUUUGGAUAUAUUUAUGGGGUCGGGUUAUUUGGUAUAAUUAGUUUACACUAUUUGUUCAAAUUAAUGAGCGAUGACGUUACGAUUGAUUUGAUUAGAUCCGCUUCAGUUAUUGGUUAUUGUUUAUUGCCUUUGGUGAUUGUAAGUGUUAUAGGUGUGUUUGUCUCCUUGGAUAAUUUAUUGGGCUAUAUAUUUAGUGCUUUUGCCGUAUUCUGGUGUACAUACUCGGCAUCUGGUUUCUUUGUUGCUGUUCUAAAAUUGCACAAUGUCAGGCCUUUAAUUGCCUAUCCAUUAGCUAUGUUUUACACUGUUUUUGCAUUAAUGGCCAUAUUCGUUGAAAAGACCGACCUUUAA